AUGUUGUCACCUUCCAGUAAAGAAUCGCAUCUGGUUCCGUCCAAUCAGAACAGAUUGUCGAACUUUACGUUUGGAGAAAAAAAACAUUCGUUAUCCAAGGUGGAGUCUUCCCACGAUCCAGCGGAGCACACCACACAGCGCCGUGGCACGAGAGCCUCUUCGAUUGGGAACGCGAACGUUUUAAAUUCGCCUCUCUCGCUGUCAGAUGAAGAUCAGUGCCACAGAGCCAACUCCAACCUCGAUGGCGACCAGAUAUCGUUGGAGAGCGUGCCUCCUCCGAGCACACCGUCGUCGCCAUCUCAAUCGCGCUCAAAUGCCUCGCGAGGCUCGCACUCGAAGCGCAAGGACUCUUUGAUUUUUGAGCGGUUUGUCCAGGACCAGCUAAUUGACUCUCAGCCGAUCUCGUCUUCUCUGCCUCGGCAAUACUCUACAGAAAACUUUGUUCCUGCCUCGCUCGAUCUCACCGCGCAGAUCUCGCACGACGAGCUCGACCAGGUCGAUAUGCGUUAUCCAAGAAGAUCGUCGACUGCCAACUUGCAGGCCGCGUUCGCUUCGCCUGGGUACAGAAAAAUGUCCAUUUCCUCUAGACCUAGCACGAAACGCAGCACCUCAAACCUGACGGAACAGUUGACGUCCAACCAAAGUCCGCGUCCGGCGUUCAGCCAUUCUCUCACUACAUCGAGUAUUCCUCAAGCACAACAAAAUUCGCCUGCCACGUCGCCCCUGCUAAAGCAAAAUAAAUCCACCCUCUCCUUCUGUUCGUACGCAGAUAUGAUCACCCAGGAAGACCAGGAAUCAAAGAUCCCUAUUAGACGUCCAAGUAUUAGCGCCAGUCUUUCGAACCACCCAAGAUUGUCCCGGACCAGCUCUGUUUCGUCGACCACCUUCUCCCAAAGGUCUCCGGUGAGCGUCCAGGUUCCCCAAAUCCACACCGCCUUUGGGCCUAACGCCUCUGCCCAGGCAUCUAGUUCCUCGCUUUCUCCAUGCGGAGGCCCUAUCUCGCCUCAAAUCUUCGCUCGAGGCCCCCUCGGCCAGAGAACCUCGAGCGUCCAGUCAGGCAAGAAGUUCUCUGUUGACUUGCCGAGCUCUGACUCCGAUAAUGAAACCGACCAGUCCUCAAUUCCUUUCAGGUUCACUGGAUUGCAAAAAAAGAAAAUCCCUGUUAGAUUAUCAAAUGCCAGUCAACACUCCUUUAAAUCUGGCACCCACAACAUCGACGAUGUUCUAGUCGACGACGACUCUGACGAAGAUAGUAUGCACGGUUAUGUAAAUGAAGGACUGCGUACUUAA